AUGGAGGUACAAGAAUGGGUUUUCUUGCUAGCAGUUUGCUGUAUCCGUCAGAUAGGAGCCCAGACUGAAAUUCCACAGGAAACAGGAAGCAAAGACACCGAGGUUGUUCAGCAGACAUCAAACAUUUCUGCUACAGUUCAAACUAAAGUGAACAUCAUCCCGCCAAUGCUGACAAAUCCAGUAAUAAUACCUUCCAAUCCUGCUCACAAUGGCCGUGUGUGCAGCACAUGGGGCAACUUCCACUUCAAGACCUUUGAUGGAGACAUAUACUUCUUCCCUGGGCUCUGUAAUUAUGUUUUUGCAUCCCACUGCAACACUCCCUAUGAGGAUUUCAACAUCCAGAUUAGGCGCAUAGUGGUGGAAAAGGCUCCAACAAUCAACCAGAUCACCAUGAAACUUGAAGGUGUAGCUGCUGAACUAACAAAGAGUAUUGUCACCAUCAACAGCAAUGAAGUUCAACUGCCAUACAGCCAAUCUGGAAUUACGAUAGAGAAAAGUAGCAUUUACAUGAAAGUUGUCAGCAAAAUGGGUAUUACGUUAAUGUGGAACAAAGAUGACAGUAUUCUGCUGGAAUUGAAUGAGAAAUAUGCCAAUCAGACCUGUGGACUUUGUGGGGACUUCAAUGGCUUACCAAUUUACAAUGAGUUCUAUUCAAACAAUAUUAAGAUGACAGCCUUGCAGUUUGGAAAUUUGCAGAAAAUGGAUGGACCAACAGAACAAUGUGAAGACUACACAUCUACCCUGCCAGAUAAUUGCACUGGUAAUGAUGACAUAUGCCAGGAAACACUGACCAGCUCUGCAUUUGCAGAGUGCAAUGACCUAGUUGAUGUUAGAGAGUACAUUAUGGCUUGCCAAGAUGAUUUGUGCCUCUCUGAAGAGUCUGAAAACGCUUCCUGUAUCUGUGACACUAUUGCUGAAUACUCCCGGCAAUGUGCUCAUGCUGGUGGGCAGCCUCUGAACUGGAGAACCUCAAAACUGUGCCCCAAGACGUGUCCUUACAACAUGCAGUAUGAGGAGUGCGGCUCUCCCUGUGCCGACACGUGCACCAAUCCAGAACGAUCUCAGUUUUGUGAAGAACACUGUAUGGACGGUUGUUUCUGUCCCCCAGGGACUGUAUUUGAUGACAUCAAUAAUUCUGGCUGCAUUCCCAGUCAGCAGUGCUCCUGUGUUUACAAUGCCCAAACCUACACUACAGGAACUGCUUUUGCAGACGAGUGCCGUUCUUGUACCUGUACUGGAGGCAAGUGGAGUUGCCAAGACACCUCGUGCCCAGGAACAUGUUCAGUAGUGGGGGGUUCACACAUUUCCACAUAUGAUAAAAAAAACUACGAUCACCAUGGAGACUGCACUUACGUCCUGUCUAAGGACUGUGAAGAUGAAACAUUCACCAUCCUGGCAGAACUGCGCAAAUGUGGCGUAACAGACAGUGAGACGUGCUUAAAGACAGUGACCGUCAGCGUGAAUAAAGGACAAACUCUCAUCGAGGUCAAACCUGAUGGUAGUGUGCUUGUAAACACGAUCUAUACCCAGCUGCCCAUCUCAGCAGCUAAUGUCACGGCUUUCAGACCUUCAUCAUUCUUCAUCAUUAUGCAAACAACCUUUGGUGUUCACCUUGAAAUCCAAAUAAUCCCAAUCAUGCAAGUGUUUGUGCGACUGGAUCCUAUUUUCAAAGAUCAGACCUGUGGUCUGUGUGGAAAUUUCAACAAUAUCCAAACUGAUGACUUCAAGGUCAUAAGUGGAAUAACUGAAGGAACAGCAGCAGCAUUUGCUAAUACAUGGAAAACUCAGGCUUCAUGCCCUAAUAUCCAGCAAAGUUUUGAGAACCCUUGUGCACUCAGCAUUGCUAAUGAGAAAUAUGCUCAGCAUUGGUGUGGACUACUAACCGACAACAAAGGACCUUUUGCUGAUUGUCACUAUGCAGUGAAUCCUGCUGUUUACCACACGAACUGCAUGUUUGACACAUGUAACUGUCAAAACAGUGAGGACUGUCUGUGUGCAGCCCUGUCUUCCUAUGUGAGAGCUUGUGCUGCAAAAGGAAUCCAGCUGCAUGGAUGGAGGGCUGAUGUCUGCACAAAAUAUACUACCUCAUGUCCCACAUCCCUAAGCUACAGCUAUACCAUCUCUUCCUGCCAACCCACUUGUCGGUCUCUGAGUGAGCCUGAUGUCACAUGCAACAUUAAGUUUGUCCCAGUUGAUGGUUGCACCUGCAUAAAUGGAACCUACAUGGAUGACAGUGGCAAAUGUGUGCCUGCAAAUGAAUGCCCCUGCUACUACAGAGGAUCUCCCAUUCCAUUUGGAGAAGCUGUCCAUGAAAAUGGAGUUGUAUGCACUUGCAGUCAAGGAAGACUGAAUUGCAUUGGAGGAUCCAAUUCAAAUCCAGACUGUGAAUCUCCCAUGGUCUACUUUGACUGCAGAAACACCACUGCAGGAACAAUUGGAGCAGAAUGUCAAAAAAGUUGCCAGACUCUGGAUAUGCAGUGUUAUAGCACACAAUGUACAUCUGGCUGUGUGUGCCCGUCUGGGCUUGUGUUAGAUGGGAAUGGUGGUUGUAUUCCUGAAGAAGAGUGUCCAUGUAUUCACAACGAAGCUAUGUAUGAGCCCGGCGCAAAGAUCAAUGUGGACUGUAACACCUGUGUAUGCAAGAAUAGAAAGUGGGAAUGCACCAAAGAUCAAUGUCUGGGCACUUGUGCUGUUUAUGGAGACGGUCAUUAUAAUACCUUUGAUGACAAAAGGUUCAGCUUCAAUGGAAACUGUGAAUACACACUAGUCCAGGACCACUGUGGGAAUAGUGGCACAACCAAUGGGACCUUCAGGGUUAUCACUGAAAAUAUUCCCUGUGGGAACACGGGGACAACUUGCUCAAAAUCUAUCAAAGUUUUCUUAGAGAGCUAUGAACUGAUACUUGGGGAGGAGCAUGUCAGUGUCAUAAAGAGAGGACAAAAUGAUGAGCUGCCAUACACAGUACGCCAUAUGGGUUUGUACUUGGUAGUUGAGACCACAAGUGGACUGAUCCUCAUGUGGGACAAGAAAACCAGCAUCUUCAUCAAACUUAGUCCUGCUUUUAAGGGGCAGAUCUGUGGCCUCUGUGGAAAUUAUGAUGGCAAUGGCGUCAAUGAUUUUACUACAAGGAGUCAGUCUGUCGUAGAGAAUGUCCUAGAGUUUGGAAACAGCUGGAAAGUAUCCUCUACAUGUCCUGAUGCUUCCAGUAUAAAGGACACAUGUUCUACCAACCCUUAUCGAAAGUCCUGGUCAGAGAAACAGUGCAGCAUCAUCAACAGCAACGUCUUUGCUGCCUGUCACUCUCAGAUUGAACCAGCAAAAUAUUACCAAGCAUGUGUGACAGAUGCUUGUGCAUGUGACACUGGAGGAGACUGCGAUUGCUUUUGUACAGCAGUAGCUGCCUAUGCCCAAGCAUGUAGUGAAGUUGGUGUCUGCAUUGCCUGGAGAACCCCAUCAAUCUGUCCACUCUUCUGCGACUACUACAAUCAACAAGGAGAAUGUGAAUGGCACUACAAGCCUUGUGGAGCCUCCUGUAUGAAGACCUGUAGGAACCCAAGUGGAAAAUGCCUCCAUAACUUGCCAGGUUUAGAAGGCUGCUACCCCAGCUGCCCACCAGACAAGCCAUAUUUUCAUGAAGAUAAGAUGAAGUGCGUUAGCUUCUGUGACUGUUAUGAUAGUGAAGAUGGGAAGAUAUAUAGACCGGAAGAAUGUGAAAUAUGUGAAUGCACAUCAGAAGGAUUACAGUGCAAGCAUGACGAUAAAGAUACGACAACUGCAACACAAGUGACAUCUGUAUGUGUGAAGAAUGUUUGUUCAUGGUCAGAAUGGUAUGAUAGCACACAACCAGAAAACAAAGAGGAAAGCGGAGACAAUGAAACAUUUGAAAAUCUCAGACAAAAAGGAUAUAGCGUGUGUAUAAAUCCAACUGAUGUUCAAUGCAGAGCCAAAGACCACCCAGAAAAAGAAAUAAACAAUCUUAAUCAAACGAUACAAUGUAGUAAAAGCCAAGGCUUAACAUGCAACAACAAAGACCAAAAAUCUGGGAUAUGUUUUAAUUAUGAAAUCAGAAUAAAUUGCUGUAGCUACGUACCAUGUUAUGCAACGGAAAGUACGACAACUACAGAAGAAUUCACAACCAGUACCACUGAAAAACAAACAACGUAUACAAUAGUAACAAAGAUAAAACCAACCACAAAAAAACAACAAACGGAAGCACUAAAAACUGCAUCACCUACAGUGUCAACAACAGACACAACAACUCCUAAGGCAGAGACUUCAAGUACAUCUCAGACAUCACAAGUCUCCACAAAAGGUGACUAUACUGCAUCGACUCCACAAGAAACCACCACUGGAAUAACACAGAAAUCAACAUUGCCCUUUCACACAUCCAACUUUCCCAAGAAAGAAACCACAGACACUUCUGCCACCACGCUUGGUCCCAGGACCACUGCCCCAUCAUCAUCUGAAACAACGGCCAAUGCUAUUACCAGCAGAUCCAGCACCACCAGGACCUCUUCACCGAUCACAGAAAGCACAACCACCAUCCUCACACCAACAACAACAACUCAGCUCACAUCAUCCUCUAGCACCACCAGCACCUCUGAGAGCACCCCAGGAAGCACCACAACGGCAACAGCCACCUCUAGUACAUCACAAAUCUCGCCUGUGGAAACAUCGUCUACAAAUGCACUCUCUACCACUUCCACUCUCUCUGAAACAACCACCACAACCACUCCUGCCUCUACGCUUGGUCCCAGGACCACUGCCCCACCAUCACCAGGAACAACGGCCACUGCCACCACCAGCAGGGCCAGCACCACCAGGACCUCUCCACCGCUCACAGAAAACACAACCACCAUCCUCACACCAACAACAACUCAGCCCACAUCAUCAGCUAAAACCUCUGAGAGCACCCCAGGAAGCACCACAACGGCAACAGCCACCUCUCGUACAUCACAAACCUCCCCUGUGGAAACAUCGACCACAAAUGCACCCUCUACAACUUCCACUCUCUCUGAGACAACAACCACAACCACUCCUGCCACCACGCUUGGUCCCAGGACCACUGUCCAGCCAUCACCAGGAACGACUGCCACAGGCAACACCAGCAGGGCCAGCACCACCAGGACCUCUCCACCGCUCACAGAAAGCACAACCACCAUCCUCACACCAACAACAACUCUGCUGACCUCAACAGAGAGCACCACCAGCACCUCCGGGACCACAGGCGCCUGCCAGCUGCAAUGUGCCUGGACGCAGUGGUUCAAUGUGGACACCCCCAGCCCUGGCAGUGACAAUGGAGACGUAGAGACGUUUGACAAAAUCCGAGCCGCUGGCUAUGCACUCUGUGACCAGCCACAAGAUAUCAAUUGCCGUGCCAAGGACUACCCCAAUCUCAGCAGGGACUUGCUGGGACAGAACUAUCAGUGCAGCGUUGGCACUGGGCUGGUCUGCAGAAAUAAGGAUCAGAUUGCAAAGUACCCCAUGUGCUUCGACUACGAGGUCAAGGUGCUGUGCUGUGACCGUAAGCACUGCCAGACAACAUCAGAGAUCACAGGCACCACGGCAGGCCUCUCCACCACAAACUCUCUGACAGACACCUCUCCUUUGGAAACCCAAACCCCAGCACCAACCACUACCACCUCCACCCUCACACAGACAACUGCCAAAAGCACCCCUGCCACCACGCUUGGUCCCAGGACCACUGCCCCAUCAUCACCUGAAACAACGGCCACUGCUAUCACCAGCAGGGCGAGUACCACCAGGAUCUCUCCACCGCUCACAGAAAGCACAACCACCAUCCCAACACCACCAACAACUCAGCUCACAUCAUCUCCUAGCACCAUCAGCACCUCUGAGAGCACCCCAGAAAGCACCACAACGGCAACAACCACCUCCAGUACAUUCCAGACCUCCCCUGUGGAAACAUCAACUAUAAAUGCACCGUCUACAACUUCCACUCUCUCUGAAACAAGCACCACAACCACUCCUGGUACCACGUCUCGUCCCAGGACCACUGCCCCACCAUCACCAGGAACAACGGCCACUGCCACCACCAGCAGGGCCAGCACCACCAGAACCUCUCCACCGCUCACAGAAAACACAACCACCAUCCUCACACCAACAACAACUCAGCCUACAUCAAGAGCUAAAACCUCUGAGAGCACCCCAGGAAGGACCACAACGGCAACAGCCACCUCCAGUACAUCACAAACCUCCCCUGUGGAAACAUCGACCACAAAUGCACCCUCUACAACUUCCACUCUCUCUGAGACAACAACCACAACCACUUCUGCCACCACGCUUGGUCCCAGGACCACUGCCCCAUCAUCACCUGAAACAACGGCCACUGCCACCACCAGCAGGGCCAGCACCGUCAGGACCUCUCCACCGCUCACAGAAAACACAACCACCAUCCUCACACCAACAACAACAACUCAGCUCACAUCAUCCUCUAGCACCACCAGCACCUCUGAGAGCACCCCAGGAAGCACCACAACGGCAACAGCCACCUCCAGUACAUCACAAACCUCCCCUGUGGAAACAUCGACUACAAAUGCACUCUCUACCACUUCCACUCUCUCUGAAACAACCACCACAACCACUCCUGCCUCUACGCUUGGUCCCAGGACUACUGCCCCACCAUCACCAGGAACAACGGCCACUGCCACCACCAGCAGGGCCAGCACCACCAGGACCUCUCCACCGCUCACAGAAAACACAACCACCAUCCUCACACCAACAACAACUCAGCCCACAUCAUCAGCUAAAACCUCUGAGAGCACCCCAGGAAGGACCACAACGACAACAGCCACCUCUCGUACAUCACAAACCUCCCCUGUGGAAACAUCGACCACAAAUGCACCCUCUACAACUUCCACUCUCUCUGAGACAACAACCACAACCACUCCUGCCACCACGCUUGGUCCCAGGACCAGAGUCCAGCCAUCACCAGGAACGACUGCCACUGCCACCACCAGCAGGGCCAGCACCACCAGGACCUCUCCACCGCUCACAGAAAGCACAACCACCAUCCUCACACCAACAACAACUCUGCUGACCUCAACAGAGAGCACCACCAGCACCUCCGGGACCACAGGCGCCUGCCAGCUGCAAUGUGCCUGGACGCAGUGGUUCAAUGUGGACACCCCCAGCCCUGGCAGUGACAAUGGAGACGUAGAGACGUUUGACAAAAUCCGAGCCGCUGGCUAUGCACUCUGUGACCAGCCACAAGAUAUCAAUUGCCGUGCCAAGGACUACCCCAAUCUCAGCAGGGACUUGCUGGGACAGAACUAUCAGUGCAGCGUUGGCACUGGGCUGGUCUGCAGAAAUAAGGAUCAGAUUGCAAAGUACCCCAUGUGCUUCGACUACGAGGUCAAGGUGCUGUGCUGUGACCGUAAGCACUGCCAGACAACAUCAGAGAUCACAGGCACCACGGCAGGCCUCUCCUCCACAAACUCUCUGACAGACACCUCUCCUUUGGCAACCCAAACUCCAGCACCAACCACUACCACCUCCACCCUCACACAGACAACUGCCAAAAGCACCCCUGCCACCACGCUUGGUCCCAGGACCACUGCCCCAUCAUCACCUGAAACAACGGCCACUGCUAUCACCAGCAGGGCGAGUACCACCAGGAUCUCUCCACCGCUCACAGAAAGCACAACCACCAUCCCAACACCACCAACAACUCAGCUCACAUCAUCCCCUAGCACCACCAGCACCUCUGAGAGCACCCCAGGAAGCACCACAACGGCAACAGCCACCUCCAGUACAUCACAAACCUCCCCUGUGGAAACAUCGACUACAAAUGCACUCUCUACCACUUCCACUCUCUCUGAAACAACCACCACAACCACUCCUGCCUCUACGCUUGGUCCCAGGACCACUGCCCCACCAUCACCAGGAACAACGGCCACUGCCACCACCAGCAGGGCCAGCACCACCAGGACCUCUCCACCGCUCACAGAAAACACAACCACCAUCCUCACACCAACAACAACUCAGCCCACAUCAUCAGCUAAAACCUCUGAGAGCACCCCAGGAAGCACCACAACGGCAACAGCCACCUCUCGUACAUCACAAACCUCCCCUGUGGAAACAUCGACCACAAAUGCACCCUCUACAACUUCCACUCUCUCUGAGACAACAACCACAACCACUCCUGCCACCACCACAACCACCAUCCUCACACCAACAACAACAACUCAGCUCACAUCAUCUCCUAGCACCAUCAGCACCUCUGAGAGCACCCCAGAAAGCACCACAAUGGCAACAACCACCUCCAGUACAUUCCAGACCUCCCCUGUGGAAACAUCAACUAUAAAUGCACCGUCUACAACUUCCACUCUCUCUGAAACAACCACCACAACCACUCCUGGUACCACGUCUGGUCCCAGGACCACUGCCUCACCAUCACCAGGAACAACGGCCACUGCCACCACCAGCAGGGCCAGCACCACCAGGACCUCUCCACCGCUCACAGAAAACACAACCACCAUCCUCACACCAACAACAACUCAGCCUACAUCAUCAGCUAAAAACUCUGAGAGCACCCCAGGAAGGACCACAACGGCAACAGCCACCUCUCGUACAUCACAAACCUCCCCUGGGGAAACAUCGACCACAAAUGCACCCUCUACAACUUCCACUCUCUCUGAGACAACAACCACAACCACUCCUGCCACCACGCUUGGUCCCAGGACCACUGCCCCAUCAUCACCUGAAACAACGGCCACUGCCACCACCAGCAGGGCCAGCACCAUCAGGACCUCUCCACCGCUCACAGAAAGCACAACCACCAUCCUCACACCAACAACAACAACUCAGCUCACAUCAUCCCCUAGCACCACCAGCACCUCUGAGAGCACCCCAGGAAGCACCACAACGGCAACAGCCACCUCCAGUACAUCACAAACCUCCCCUGUGGAAACAUCGACCACAAAUGCACCCUCUACAACUUCCACUCUCUCUGAGAAAACAACCACAACCACUCCUGCCACCACGCUUGGUCCCAGGACCAGAGUCCAGCCAUCACCAGGAACGACUGCCACUGCCACCACCAGCAGAGCCAGCACCACCAGGACCUCUCCACCGCUCACAGAAAGCACAACCACCAUCCUCACACUAACAACAACAACUCAGCUCACAUCAUCCCCUAGCACCACCAGCACCUCUGAGAGCACCCCAGGAAGCACCACAAUGGCAACAGCCACCUCCAGUACAUCACAAACCUCCCCUGUGGAAACAUCGACUACAAAUGCACUCUCUACCACUUCCACUCUCUCUGAAACAACCACCACAACCACUCCUGCCUCUACGCUUGGUCCCAGGACCACUGCCCCACCAUCACCAGGAACAACGGCCACUGCCACCACCAGCAGGGCCAGCACCACCAGGACCUCUCCACCGCUCACAGAAAACACAACCACCAUCCUCACACCAACAACAACUCAGCCUACAUCAUCAGCUAAAACCUCUGAGAGCACCCCAGGAAGGACCACAACGACAACAGCCACCUCUCGUACAUCACAAACCUCCCCUGUGGAAACAUCGACCACAAAUGCACCCUCUACAACUUCCACUCUCUCUUGGACAACAACCACAACCACUCCUGCCACCACGCUUGGUCCCAGGACCACUGUCCAGCCAUCACCAGGAACGACUGCCACAGGCAACACCAGCAGGGCCAGCACCACCAGGACCUCUCCACCGCUCACAGAAAGCACAACCACCAUCCUCACACCAACAACAACUCUGCUGACCUCAACAGAGAGCACCACCAGCACCUCCGGGACCACAGGCGCCUGCCAGCUGCAAUGUGCCUGGACGCAGUGGUUCAAUGUGGACACCCCCAGCCCUGGCAGUGACAAUGGAGACGUAGAGACGUUUGACAAAAUCCGAGCCGCUGGCUAUGCACUCUGUGACCAGCCACAAGAUAUCAAUUGCCGUGCCAAGGACUACCCCAAUCUCAGCAGGGACUUGCUGGGACAGAACUAUCAGUGCAGCGUUGGCACUGGGCUGGUCUGCAGAAAUAAGGAUCAGAUUGCAAAGUACCCCAUGUGCUUCGACUACGAGGUCAAGGUGCUGUGCUGUGACCGUAAGCACUGCCAGACAACAUCAGAGAUCACAGGCACCACGGCAGGCCUCUCCUCCACAAACUCUCUGACAGACACCUCUCCUUUGGCAACCCAAACUCCAGCACCAACCACUACCACCUCCACCCUCACACAGACAACUGCCAAAAGCACCCCUGCCACCACGCUUGGUCCCAGGACCACUGCCCCAUCAUCACCUGAAACAACGGCCACUGCUAUCACCAGCAGGGCGAGCACUACCAGGAUCUCUCCACCGCUCACAGAAAGCACAACCACCAUCCCAACACCACCAACAACUCAGCUCACAUCAUCCCCUAGCACCACCAGCACCUCUGAGAGCACCCCAGGAAGCACCACAACGGCAACAGCCACCUCCAGUACAUCACAAACCUCCCCUGUGGAAACAUCGACUACAAAUGCACUCUCUACCACUUCCACUCUCUCUGAAACAACCACCACAACCACUCCUGCCUCUACGCUUGGUCCCAGGACCACUGCCCCACCAUCACCAGGAACAACGGCCACUGCCACCACCAGCAGGGCCAGCACCACCAGGACCUCUCCACCGCUCACAGAAAACACAACCACCAUCCUCACACCAACAACAACUCAGCCUACAUCAUCAGCUAAAACCUCUGAGAGCACCCCAGGAAGCACCACAACGGCAACAGCCACCUCUCGUACAUCACAAACCUCCCCUGUGGAAACAUCGACCACAAAUGCACCCUCUACAACUUCCACUCUCUCUGAGACAACAACCACAACCACUCCUGCCACCACGCUUGGUCCCAGGACCAGAGUCCAGCCAUCACCAGGAACGACUGCCACUGCCACCACCAGCAGAGCCAGCACCACCAGGACCUCUCCACCGCUCACAGAAAGCACAACCACCAUCCUCACACCAAUAACAACAACUCAGCUCACAUCAUCUCCUAGCACCAUCAGCACCUCUGAGAGCACCCCAGAAAGCACCACAAUGGCAACAACCACCUCCAGUACAUUCCAGACCUCCCCUGUGGAAACAUCAACUAUAAAUGCACCGUCUACAACUUCCACUCUCUCUGAAACAACCACCACAACCACUCCUGGUACCACGUCUGGUCCCAGGACCACUGCCCCACCAUCACCAGGAACAACGGCCACUGCCACCACCAGCAGGGCCAGCACCACCAGGACCUCUCCACCGCUCACAGAAAACACAACCACCAUCCUCACACCAACAAAAACUCAGCCUACAUCAUCAGCUAAAACCUCUGAGAGCACCCCAGGAAGGACCACAACGGCAACAGCCACCUCUCGUACAUCACAAACCUCCCCUGUGGAAACAUCGACCACAAAUGCACCCUCUACAACUUCCACUCUCUCUGAGACAACAACCACAACCACUCCUGCCACCACGCUUGGUCCCAGGACCACUGCCCCAUCAUCACCUGAAACAACGGCCACUGCCACCACCAGCAGGGCCAGCACCAUCAGGACCUCUCCACCGCUCACAGAAAGCACAACCACCAUCAUCACACCAACAACAACAACUCAGCUCACAUCAUCCCCUAGCACCACCAGCACCUCUGAGAGCACCCCAGGAAGCACCACAACGGCAACAGCCACCUCCAGUACAUCACAAACCUCCCCUGUGGAAACAUCGACCACAAAUGCACCCUCUACAACUUCCACUCUCUCUGAGAAAACAACCACAACCACUCCUGCCACCACGCUUGGUCCCAGGACCAGAGUCCAGCCAUCACCAGGAACGACUGCCACAGCCACCACCAGCAGGGCCAGCACCACCAGGACCUCUCCACCGCUCACAGAAAACACAACCACCAUCCUCACACCAACAACAACUCAGCCUAUAUCAUCAGCUAAAACCUCUGAGAGCACCCCAGGAAGCACCACAACGGCAACAGCCACCUCUCGUACAUCACAUACCUCCCCUGUGGAAACAUCGACCACAAAUGCACCCUCUGUAACUUCCACUCUCUCUGAGACAACAACCACAACCACUCCUGCCACCACGCUUGGUCCCAGGACCAGAGUCCAGCCAUCACCAGGAUCGACUGCCACUGCCACCACCAGCAGAGCCAGCACCACCAGGACCUCUCCACCACGCACAGAAAGCACAACCACCAUCCUCACACCAACAACAACAACUCAGCUCACAUCAUCCCCUAGCACCACCAGCAGCUCUGAGAGCACCCCAGGAAGCACCACAACGGCAACAGCCACCUCCAGUACAUCACAAACCUCCCCUGUGGAAACAUCGACUACAAAUGCACUCUCUACCACUUCCACUCUCUCUGAAACAACCACCACAACCACUCCUGCCUCUACGCUUGGUCCCAGGACCACUGCCCCACCAUCACCAGGAACAACGGCCACUGCCACCACCAGCAGGGCCAGCACCACCAGGACCUCUCCACCGCUCACAGAAAACACAACCACCAUCCUCACACCAACAACAACUCAGCCCACAUCAUCAGCUAAAACCUCUGAGAGCACCCCAGGAAGGACCACAAUGACAACAGCCACCUCUCGUACAUCACAAACCUCCCCUGUGGAAACAUCGACCACAAAUGCACCCUCUACAACUUCCACUCUCUCUGAGACAACAACCACAACCACUCCUGCCACCACGCUUGGUCCCAGGACCACUGCCCCAUCAUCACCUGAAACAACGGCCACUGCCACCACCAGCAGGGCCAGCACCAUCAGGACCUCUCCACCGCUCACAGAAAGCACAACCACCAUCAUCACACCAACAACAACAACUCAGCUCACAUCAUCCCCUAGCACCACCAGCACCUCUGAGAGCACCCCAGGAAGCACCACAACGGCAACAGCCACCUCCAGUACAUCACAAACCUCCCCUGUGGAAACAUCGACCACAAAUGCACCCUCUACAACUUCCACUCUCUCUGAGAAAACAACCACAACCACUCCUGCCACCACGCUUGGUCCCAGGACCAGAGUCCAGCCAUCACCAGGAACGACUGCCACAGCCACCACCAGCAGGGCCAGCACCACCAGGACCUCUCCACCGCUCACAGAAAACACAACCACCAUCCUCACACCAACAACAACUCAGCCUAUAUCAUCAGCUAAAACCUCUGAGAGCACCCCAGGAAGCACCACAACGGCAACAGCCACCUCUCGUACAUCACAUACCUCCCCUGUGGAAACAUCGACCACAAAUGCACCCUCUGUAACUUCCACUCUCUCUGAGACAACAACCACAACCACUCCUGCCACCACGCUUGGUCCCAGGACCAGAGUCCAGCCAUCACCAGGAUCGACUGCCACUGCCACCACCAGCAGAGCCAGCACCACCAGGACCUCUCCACCACGCACAGAAAGCACAACCACCAUCCUCACACCAACAACAACAACUCAGCUCACAUCAUCCCCUAGCACCACCAGCAGCUCUGAGAGCACCCCAGGAAGCACCACAACGGCAACAGCCACCUCCAGUACAUCACAAACCUCCCCUGUGGAAACAUCGACUACAAAUGCACUCUCUACCACUUCCACUCUCUCUGAAACAACCACCACAACCACUCCUGCCUCUACGCUUGGUCCCAGGACCACUGCCCCACCAUCACCAGGAACAACGGCCACUGCCACCACCAGCAGGGCCAGCACCACCAGGACCUCUCCACCGCUCACAGAAAACACAACCACCAUCCUCACACCAACAACAACUCAGCCCACAUCAUCAGCUAAAACCUCUGAGAGCACCCCAGGAAGGACCACAAUGACAACAGCCACCUCUCGUACAUCACAAACCUCCCCUGUGGAAACAUCGACCACAAAUGCACCCUCUACAACUUCCACUCUCUCUGAGACAACAACCACAACCACUCCUGCCACCACGCUUGGUCCCAGGACCAGAGUCCAGCCAUCACCAGGAACGACUGCCACUGCCACCACCAGCAGAGCCAGCACCACCAGGACCUCUCCACCGCUCACAGAAAGCACAACCACCAUCCUCACACCAACAACAACUCUGCUGACCUCAACAGAGAGCACCACCAGCACCUCCGGGACCACAGGCGCCUGCCAGCUGCAAUGUGCCUGGACGCAGUGGUUCAAUGUGGACACCCCCAGCCCUGGCAGUGACAAUGGAGACGUAGAGACGUUUGACAAAAUCCGAGCCGCUGGCUAUGCACUCUGUGACCAGCCACAAGAUAUCAAUUGCCGUGCCAAGGACUACCCCAAUCUCAGCAGGGACUUGCUGGGACAGAACUAUCAGUGCAGCGUUGGCACUGGGCUGGUCUGCAGAAAUAAGGAUCAGAUUGCAAAGUACCCCAUGUGCUUCGACUACGAGGUCAAGGUGCUGUGCUGUGACCGUAAGCACUGCCAGACAACAUCAGAGAUCACAGGCACCACGGCAGGCCUCUCCUCCACAAACUCUCUGACAGACACCUCUCCUUUGGCAACCCAAACUCCAGCACCAACCACUACCACCUCCACCCUCACACAGACAACUGCCAAAAGCACCCCUGCCACCACGCUUGGUCCCAGGACCACUGCCCCAUCAUCACCUGAAACAACGGCCACUGCUAUCACCAGCAGGGCGAGUACCACCAGGAUCUCUCCGCCGCUCACAGAUAGCACAACCACCAUCCUCACACCAACAACAACAACUCAGCUCACAUCAUCCCCUAGCACCACCAGCACCUCUGAGAGCACCCCAGGAAGCACCACAACGGCAACAGCCACCUCCAGUACAUCACAAACCUCCCCUGUGGAAACAUCGACUACAAAUGCACUCUCUACCACUUCCACUCUCUCUGAAACAACCACCACAACCACUCCUGCCUCUACGCUUGGUCCCAGGACCACUGCCCCACCAUCACCAGGAACAACGGCCACUGCCACCACCAGCAGGGCCAGCACCACCAGGACCUCUCCACCGCUCACAGAAAACACAACCACCAUCCUCACACCAACAACAACUCAGCCCACAUCAUCAGCUAAAACCUCUGAGAGCACCCCAGGAAGCACCACAACGGCAACAGCCACCUCUCGUACAUCACAAACCUCCCCUGUGGAAACAUCGACCACAAAUGCACCCUCUACAACUUCCACUCUCUCUGAGACAACAACCACAACCACUCCUGCCACCACGCUUGGUCCCAGGACCAGAGUCCAGCCAUCACCAGGAACGACUGCAACUGCCACCACCAGCAGGGCCAGCACCACCAGGACCUCUCCACCGCUCACAGAAAGCACAACCACCAUCCUCACACCAACAACAACUCUGCUGACCUCAACAGAGAGCACCACCAGCACCUCCGGGACCACAGGCGCCUGCCAGCUGCAAUGUGCCUGGACGCAGUGGUUCAAUGUGGACACCCCCAGCCCUGGCAGUGACAAUGGAGACGUAGAGACGUUUGACAAAAUCCGAGCCGCUGGCUAUGCACUCUGUGACCAGCCACAAGAUAUCAAUUGCCGUGCCAAGGACUACCCCAAUCUCAGCAGGGACUUGCUGGGACAGAACUAUCAGUGCAGCGUUGGCACUGGGCUGGUCUGCAGAAAUAAGGAUCAGAUUGCAAAGUACCCCAUGUGCUUCGACUACGAGGUCAAGGUGCUGUGCUGUGACCGUAAGCACUGCCAGACAACAUCAGAGAUCACAGGCACCACGGCAGGCCUCUCCUCCACAAACUCUCUGACAGACACCUCUCCUUUGGCAACUCAAACCCCAGCACCAACCACUACCACCUCCACCCUCACACAGACAACUGCCAAAAGCACCCCUGCCACCACGCUUGGUCCCAGGACCACUGCCCCAUCAUCACCUGAAACAACGGCCACUGCUAUCAUCAGCAGGGCGAGCACUACCAGGAUCUCUCCACCGCUCACAGAAAGCACAACCACCAUCCCAACACCACCAACAACUCAGCUCACAUCAUCCCCUAGCACCACCAGCACCUCUGAGAGCACCCCAGGAAGCACCACAACGGCAACAGCCACCUCCAGUACAUCACAAACCUCCCCUGUGGAAACAUCGACUACAAAUGCACUCUCUACCACUUCCACUCUCUCUGAAACAACCACCACAACCACUCCUGCCUCUACGCUUGGUCCCAGGACCACUGCCCCACCAUCACCAGGAACAACGGCCACUGCCACCACCAGCAGGGCCAGCACCACCAGGACCUCUCCACCGCUCACAGAAAACACAACCACCAUCCUCACACCAACAACAACUCAGCCUACAUCAUCAGCUAAAACCUCUGAGAGCACCCCAGGAAGGACCACAACGGCAACAGCCACCUCUCGUACAUCACAAACCUCCCCUGGGGAAACAUCGACCACAAAUGCACCCUCUACAACUUCCACUCUCUCUGAGACAACAACCACAACCACUCCUGCCACCACCCUUGGUCCCAGGACCAGAGUCCAGCCAUCACCAGGAACGACUGCCAGUGCCACCACCAGCAGGGCCAGCACCACCAGGACCUCUCCACCGAUCACAGAAAGCACAACCACCAUCCUCACACCAACAACAACAACUCAGCUCACAUCAUCCCCUAGCACCACCAGCAGCUCUGAGAGCACCCCAGGGAGCACCACAACGGCAACAGCCACCUCCAGUACAUCACAAACCUCCCCUGUGGAAACAUCGACUACAAAUGCACUCUCUACCACUUCCACUCUCUCUGAAACAACCACCACAACCACUCCUGCCACCACGCCUGGUCCCAGGACCACUGCCCCACCCUCACCAGGAACAACUGCCACUGCCACCACCAGCAGGGCCAGCACCACCAGGACCUCUCCACCGCUCACAGAAAACACAACCACCAUCCUCACACCAACAACAACUCAGCCUACAUCAUCAGCUAAAACCUCUGAGAGCACCCCAGGAAGCACCACAACGGCAACAGCCACCUCUCGUACAUCACAAACCUCCCCUGUGGAAACAUCGACCACAAAUGCACCCUCUACAACUUCCACUCUCUCUGAGACAACAACCACAACCACUCCUGCCACCACGCUUGGUCCCAGGACCAGAGUCCAGCCAUCACCAGGAUCGACUGCCACUGCCACCACCAGCAGGGCCAGCACCACCAGGACCUCUCCACCGCUCACAGAAAGCACAACCACCAUCCUCACACCAACAACAACUCAGCCCACAUCAUCAGCUAAAACCUCUGAGAGCACCCCAGGAAGCACCACAAUGGAAAUAGCCACGUCCAGUACAUCACAAGUUUCCCCUGUGGAAUCAUCAACUACAAAAUCCCUCUCUGUCACGACCAGUCUUCCCCAGACUGGUAUUACCACCACCAUAUUUGGGGAAGUUGUAUACAACAGAACAGAUAUGGCUGGCUGUCAUUUUUAUGCACUUUGCAGCAAUGAAUGUGAAAUCAUUGCAUACAAGGGACCAUGUCCUUUGCCUGGAGAGAACUGGAUUAGUGACUGCCAGGAGUGUGUCUGUGACCCCCUCACUGCUACUGUGCAAUGCCAGCCCGUCCAAUGCCAAACAACUCAGACACCAAUUUGUGAUGUAGGAUUUAUUUCCAUGCCUGUACUACCACCAAAAGACCCAUGUUGUCCUCAAUUUGAAUGCCGACGAACUGACAUCUGUGUGAUUAACGGUACAAUGUACACGGUUGGAAUGACAACAAUACUUAAUUCAUGUAUGAAAUGUACCUGCACUUCUGAGAAAGAUCCUGUGACUAAGGCAAAUACUGUGCAUUGUGAACCAGUUCAAUGUGAAACAACUUGCCCACUGGGUUAUCAAUAUAUGGUCGAGGAUGGAGAGUGCUGUGGGAAGUGUAUUGAAGUAGCCUGCAAAAUCAAACUAAGUAACAACACUGUUCACUUGCUCUCAGUUGACGAGAUCCUGCCACUUGAUAACUGCAGCCAUUACAGAUGUGAAAAAAUUGAAGAUCAAUUUGUUGCAGUCCAAAGUAAAAAAGUGUGCCCUGAGUACAACCCAGGAGAGUGUGAUCUUGAUGAAGUAGAGACAAGUCCUGAUGGCUGCUGCAAAGUAUGUAAACGUAAGUAG